UCGACUUUCCCGAGAGGAGGCAGCCGCCAGAGUCCAUCAUGCCGACCACCGCCUCCUCUUCGUCGUCCGCCGCCGCCUCCUCCUCAGCCGCUUCGUCGGCCGCCAUCUCUGCCUCGUCUUCGACAGGGGUGACCGGUGCCGCCAAGGGCGCCGUCUCCAAGAAAGGCUCAAAGAAGACGGCGAUGAAGAUGUCCCGCCGGGGGGCGGCGAGCGACCGGAGGCACCGCCGGAACCGCCGCCGGGAGAGCUACAGCCUCUACAUCUACAAGGUGCUGAAGCAGGUGCACCCCGACACCGGUAUCUCCUCCAAGGCUAUGAGUGUCAUCAAUUCGUUCGUAGGCGACAUCUUCGAGCGCCUGGCCGCCGAGGCCUCCCGCCUGGUCCACUACACCCGGCGGCAGACCCUGUCCUCCCGGGAGAUCCAAAGCGCCGUCCGCCUGCUGCUCCCCGGGGAGCUGGCCAAACACGCCGUGUCCGAGGGCACCAAGGCGGUCACCAAAUACACCAGCUCCAAGUAGGGCUGUGUCCCCUUGCCCCACCGGGAUUAUACCUCCCUGUUAAAACCACCCCGGAAAAGAAAAACGGCUCUUCUAAGAGCCACUCCAACUGUUCACAAAUAGGGCUGUAGCAGCGAACAAUUUUCGACGCACCCAUUAAAACCAUACCAUAAAAGCAGCAAUUCUACAGCAAUUUAAAAACCCCAUGGCUGCAAUUUUACGAGCGGAACAACAAAGGAAAGGAACAAGCCGUAAUUGAAAUACCCCUCCCACACGGGAACAAUAACUUUAAAAACAAUCUCCUGUUAAACUCGCCCAAGAAGAAAACUGCUUUUAUAAAAUUCUCUUCCAUGGCUCCUAUUUACUGCAAGUGUGACAAUUGGGAAAGUAGGAAGGAA